ACACCUGAUAAGAUUGUAGACAGAUCUUUGUUGAGAUUACAGUAACAAUGUUGGGAGUCGCGGUUGUCCUUUGGUCAUUGACGUCCGUUGUUAACGGUUACUAUAUAUGUGCCCCAUACCAGUGGGAGGGAAUCCAGGCUGUCGUCACGGGGACGGAGGUGGCAGGGACGUUGACGGUGAUCCAGAGUACAACCAGGUUCUCCUUUGAUGUCAACAACACCAGAAUAGCUGCCUCAACAACCGGGUCACGGAAUGGCGGUUUGUUCAAGAAGGACUUCCUGUUCCUGUAUCAGCAGAGAAGAGUUUACAUCAUGGACGGGGGACGGUGCCGGGCACAGCAACUCCUCCACGACUUCCCGUCUCCAUGUCUCCCCCAGAAGUUCACGUUCUCCGGGGGUAUCAUGUUGUUCGGGCUGCCUGAUUCAACCAACAACCUGCAUAUCCUUGGGUUUAAGGGUGAUGUUGGCGACCUGUACUGCCACGUGCAAGCGUCGUAUGAGACACACAUACCCGUCACUAUGCAGCAGACUGGAACUGUCAACAACGCGCCCGUGUUCCGGACGACAAACUACGCGAAUGUAACAAUGGGCAUCAAGAACCCGGAUGUUUUCACACUCCCGUCUAUCUGCAAGACAGCAGAAGUAGAGGGUACUUUCGACGCACCUGGUUAUUUUAUCGGAUUCAAUUUUCAGUGAGAUUGUUUUAGGUUGUCCCAGGGAAGGAGCACUAAGUGAUUGUAGGAAUAAAGUGAGAGGAGUAUUUC